AUGGCUGAAAACAGAGAAGAAAUUCUAGCAAAUUUUCAGGGAAUCACUAAUAUAGAAGAUGUUGCUGAAGCAAUAUUCCACUUAGAGGAGUCUAACUGGGACCUAUUAACUGCUAUAAACCGGGUAAUGCCUCAAGAUGGAAAUAGUACUCGCAACUCUUUGUCACACAAUAGUGAAACUCAUGACAUAGAGAUGAUAGAUGAAGAUAUAUCUGUGAUAACACCAAAAACUCACCCACCAGAUCGGGAAGCAAAUAAUCAAGCAUCAACCUCAUCACCUAAAAAUACUUCCCUCGACUUGGUUGAGCUUCAAGUUCACUAUAAUAAUAAGAUGCACGAAAUCAAAAUGUCCGGCUCAGCAACAGUCAGCGAUUUGAAGAAGCGCCUGGAGAUGGUGUGCGGGGUGCCUGUGUGCCGUCAGCAGAUAUCCGGCCUUGGGGGCUCCCGGGCCACUUCCAACGCGGUCCUGUCCAGCCUCGGGCUCCAGAGGAAUGCGGUGCUGCGGCUCAAGAGCGCCGACCACCUGAUGGCCGAUGACGAGGUAGCGGACAGAUUAACAAUGACAUACACUCUGUUAGUGAAACAUGAUGAUAAAGAAUACCUGCUAAAGUUCCCUGGCACUAAGACUGUUCGAGAGGUGAAAAACGACAUAUACUCCCUCACAGACAUCCCGAUGCGGUAUCAGGUCUGGACCGGUUGGCCUUCGGUGGUGGGCUUGGACGACACGGUACUAGCGAUGGUCGGCCUGAAUCAACCACAACACGAACUCACGGUGAAACGUUCAACGGCAAACAAACAGAAGGAAUACAAAAGGAUAAUAGUGGAGAGUUCAGACAGCGAGAACAGCUCCGUGGAAGAGGUGGAGGAUGGAGGCGACGGGUUCACUGCAGAGGACGACAUGUUCGUAGACCUGGUCCAGUCCGAGAGGCUGCAGCCGCUGAUGUCGGAGAGCGUCGAGGACGAGGCGCUGGGCUGCAUAGAGUUCACGCAGCGCUUCCGAGCUCGCUACGGACCCAACACGCCCAACUUCUUCGAGGGCACGCUCCAGGACGCCAUCAAGGAGUCCUGUCUCAAGCCGGCCAAAGAGAGGAAGCUGCUGGGCGUGUACCUGCAUCACGAGCAGUCGGUGCUGUCGAACGUGUUCUGCGCCCAGCUCCUCGGCUGCGAGACCGUCCUGCAGACCCUGGCCGCCAACUUCGUGGUCUACGGCUGGGACAUGACGCACCCCUCGAACAACAAUCUGUUGCUGACCUCCAUCGCCACCGCUCUUGGACCCGUUGCCAGCAUGACGAUACGCAGCAUCCCCGUGGACCGUCUCCCGGCGCUGGUCAUCAUCAUGCGAGUCCGCUCCAACACCGAGAUAUAUUCCGUCAUCAACGGCAACGUUGGCGUUUCCGAGCUGGUCGGCGGCUUGGUGGAGGCGAUCGAGCGGUUCGCCGCCCAGAGGGAGGAGGACGCGCGGCUGGAGAGGGAGAGGGAUGCGAGGCAGCGCGUCAAGCUAGAGCAGGACGAAGCAUAUCAGCGGAGCCUCGAGGCCGACAGAGCCAAAGAGGAAAUAAAGAAACAACAAGAAUUAGAAAGAAAUCAGGAGCUUGAGCGGGUAGAGUCAGAAAGGUUAAUGGAGGAAGCGAGAAAAGAGGCGCUGCGUGCGGGCGCGGCGGCGCGCGCGCUGCGUGCGGGCGCGGCGGCGCGCGUGCCCGCCGAGCCGGGCUUGGCGGAGGGCGGGCGCGAGGUGGCGCGCAUCCGCGUGCGCCUGCCGCCGCCGCACCACGGCGCGCUCGAGCGCCGCUUCUACGCCACCGACACGCUCGCGGCACUAUUUGAUUUCCUCGCGUCAAAAGGAUACCCACAAGAAAACUACAAGGUCAUCUCUAGCUGGCCUAGGAGAGACCUGACGACGGAACCCCGCAGCAGCACGCUGAAGGCGCUUAAGCUGUACCCACAAGAGACGAUAAUGCUCGAGGAGCGG